AUGGCCAAACUUGCUGUUAAAACCAUCUUCAAUAUACCUUUUCAUCACAUGCCCAAUCCAAACCGCUAUGAACCUGAAAAUAGCAACAAAAACCCGAUGAUUCUUUGUUGGACGUGGAAGCCAAAUGAAAAUGAAAAUGAAAAUGAAAAUGGGAUGGAAGCCAAUUGCUGGCAGAUAUCUUCUUCAUUGGGCGUGGAAGAAGUGCCAUCAGGUGCUUUACUUAUAGACACAAAACUAGAAAGCACAAGUGAUAAGCUUCACAAUCAAAAAGAUGGUGUGGAUUGUGACAGUGCCUGUGAAGAAAAGAUAAGAGCCACUGUUGUUAAAGAAAUCACUGAUGAUUCACAUGUAAAAUCAUCACCCUCACCUGAUUUUCAUAACAACUUGAGGAAUUCACCCAUAGUUGAUUCACUAUGUCAGCCUGCCUUGUUGGAUCCAGGGAGCGAAUUGAAGAAUGGCAUAUUGCAAAUAGAAGAUAAUUUCUGCGUAUUGAAGGAUAGUUCUGCAGAUGGAACUGGUAACUCUACCAUUCAGGAAUCAUUUUAUCCAGAAUCAGGCCAGUCCUCUUCUAUUUUAAUCACCAGUACCUCUCCAAAGGAUGUGCCAGAUCUUCUUUCCAAGGGUAACAGUGUUUCCAUCAAGGAUACCUGUCCUGUAGACAAUCCUGGACAGACAAAUAAUGAUGGACAAGAAGCUGUUGAAGUUGAUUAUAUCACUGAAAGCACACUGUUACCUUCUCAAACUAUCAGCACAACAACCACUUCUAACUGCAAAACAGAAUAG